UGAAACGGGCCUGCAGAGGACUGGCCAAUCAUAAACACCUGAGUACAACAGGUAGCCGCAGGGGAAUGAAGGGUGCUGGGUCACUCUUCUCCAGAGACGCUGACUCUUGAAGCACAUGUGUCAUCAUCUGUAGUCCUCUUGCGGCUUUUUUAAAUGGAACAAUCUGAUAAGGAGGCCGCGGAGGAGACAGACCGCACGACGGACAGGAUGCCCCUGAACGCGGGAGACGCCGGGUACGGCAGCGUGCCAGGCCCCGGGCUGUCGGGCGGCGUGGGCGGCUCAGAGACGGCCCCGCUGCUCAUUCCAGAACCUGAACCGGAACCGGCUCAGAGUUGGCGGCCUCUGAGCAAGGAGGAGCUGGAAGUCGCCGCAGGGGGUCCGGGGUGGAGGAAGGUGCGGUGUUACCUAGUGGUGCUGUUCUGGCUGACUUGGGUGGCCUUACUCGCCACCUCCAUCGCCAUCAUAGCGAUCAGCCCCCGGCCGGUUGCAACACCGCUCGAGUGGUGGCAGAAGUCGCUAUUUUACCAGCUGCGACCCGACCUGUACAUGGAGGCACAGGCGGAGGGGUCAGAGGGAAUAAAUGUGCUGUGUGAGCAGCUUCCCUACCUCAGGUCCCUGGGUAUAGGGGCUCUAAUCCUGGAGGGCCUGUUUGAUAAAGAGGUGUCUCCUUUAAACCUCACUUCGGUUGGUGAAAGCUUGGGGACGUUGCCUCAGAUCCAACAUCUGCUCACAGAGAGCAACAAAGCAGGUCUCAAAGUGGUGCUAAACUUCUGUGAACUGGAUCUAGAUGUGGCAGGAAACAGGCCUUCAGACCUUUCAGCAAUGCACGCACUGCGGUUCUGGUUGGAGCAGGGUGUUGCAGGUUUUGCAAUCUGUGAUACAGAUGCAGCAUAUUCAGAAAAGACAUUGCUGGAGUGGAGAGGUGUCUUCAAAGAAUUCAGCGGUCAGGAAGAGGAAAGGAUUGUGGUGGUAAAACAAACACAAGACAUCCUGCCUCCUCUGAGCAACUCCAACCAAAACAACACGACACUGGUUGAUGUGGUCAUGAAGUCAAUUCUGCCAUCUUCACAUCACCUCCUCUCUGCCCAGGAAGUGGCCAGUGCCAUAGAGACACACCUGCAAACGAGAGACAAUCUUAUAUGGCCCAGCUGGACAGUUGGAGGUAAAGCAUCUCACGACUUGAAGAAAUUACUCCUGGUGUUGAUGAUGACUCUGCCAGGAUCACCUGCAGUCCAGUAUGAUGAGGAGAUAAACCAAAUGCAGAAUUUGUCUCUGAAUGCUGGCUCAUCACAUGGAGAGAAGAAUGAACCAUCAGAUGCCCCUAUAGACAAGAAGGCGAAGCAGUUAGCUGUAGCUCUCUUUACCUCCCUCAGUCACUCCAGAGCCAGAGAAGAAGCUCUUCUGUUUGGCAACUUCACCUUCCUCCCCUUCAACGCCUCCACCAACUCCUCCUCCUCUUCCUCCUUCAACUCCACUCUUACCUCUCCUCCAUCUCCCACCCUCUUGGCCUUCCUACGCUCCUGGGGUUGCGUCCACUUCCUCGUUCUGCUCAAUGUAGGGCCCGAGCGUCACGCUCUGGAUCCUGCCUGGGCACCGAGUCUGCCUGAGGCCGGAGUGUUUGUGGCCAGCACAGGAAUGGACCGCCUGGGGUCGACGUCUCUGUACACGCUGGAACUGCAGCCCCAUGAAGCAAUCAUCAUCAAACUGUUUGAGGCAGGAAGCUACUCGUAGAACAUCUCUGCUGUCAGCUGUGUGGAGAUUUCAGUGUUGGGUUGAGUUUCUUUCACAGAACAACAAAUAUCUAACACAGAUGUUUUUUAAGUUCUUAUUGGUAUGAACUCAGAGGUCACUGAAAAUAAAAUGAUGAAUUUGUCUUGUGUGUGGCAUCAUUUAUUGUCAGGAUAUAACCUGGGUGCCU